AUGGCUGCGGCUGGAGGAGCCGUCGUCCUCCAUCUUGUGGGCUCUGCCGGGAGGACUUGGGGCCCCUCCGGGCCGAGCCCCGCGGGGCGGGAACCCGGCCCGGCCCGCGCUCCGCCAUGGGGUCUCUCCCUAAACGUGAAACUCAUCAAUGCCACCACAAAGGCUAACCAGCGAGCAGCAGGGAUCCUCGUUCCCCAGCACGAAGACUGUCCUUCCCAUAGCCGGUGGAGUGACUCUGAAAUCAGGGUCUUCCUGCAGGAAUGGGAAGUCGUUGAACAGGAAGUCAGCUACCCCGGCAGGAAGAUACAUAAGAAGACCAAGGCUCUCUGCCAGCGCCUCUAUCAGCGGGGCCUGAAGAAGACCUGGAAAAGCUGCUUUGACCUGCUGCUGACCAUGCAGGGUCUGCACUGGACUCUCUGCAAUGAGAAACCGAGGAUGGGAUCCUUGUUUUCUCCAUAUGCGGAGGCCCUGUACAGGAUCCUGGACUAUCCGUGCCAGAGAAGCCCCUUCCCAGGUCCUCUCUCUGAUGGGGCUGGUAACCCCCUGUUUCCCACGUACCCUCAGCCUCCAAUGGUGCUGCCAUCUCCCGUGUGCCAGCCUUGGGAUUAUGGCUUCCCUGCACCUUCUGGAGAGCUUCAGGGGAACCCGUCACCGAUGGUGUUCGUGGAGCAUUCACAGGUUCCCGGAUAUGAGCCCUGGAACCCUGGCUAUCCGGCCGUCCCACCCCUACUUCCGGCCCCUGGAGACACCAGCUUGCAGCAGCCGGGGUCAGUGUGUGACAAUAACCCAAGUCUUCCGUGA